GCGUCGCCGCCGCACCUCCGGGCCGCUCCACUAGGUGCUGCUGCCGCGGCCGCCAGGGAGGGAGGUGUCGGAGGGCGGGCCCCGCGCGGUGCUAGGGUUCCGUCUGGACUGGCGGUGGUGGGUCCCAACCGGCGGUACCGGGUUCUGUCCCGACCAGCGGUGCUAGGUUCGGUUCGGACGCGCGCUGCUGGAUCUAAAUGGGCAGUGCUGGGUCCGAUGGGUGGUGCUGUGUUCGGUCCGGACGCGCGGUGCAGAGUCCGGACGGGCGGUGCUGGAUCCAAAUGGGCGGUACUGGAUCUGGACGGGCGGUGAUGGGUCCGAUGGGCGGUGCUACGUUCGGUUCGGACGGGCGGUGCUGGGUCUAAAUGGGCGCUGCUGGGUCCGAUGGGCGGUGCUGGGUUCGGUCCGGACGGGCGGGGACGGGCGGUGCUGGGUCCAAAUGGGUGGUGAUGGAUCUGUGCACGGGCGGUGCUGGGUCCGGACGGGCGGUGCUGGGUCCGGACGGGCGGUGGGUCCGAUGGGCGGUGCUAGGUUCGGUUCGGAUGGGUGGUGCUAGGUCUAAAUGGGCGGCGCCGGAUCCGAUGGGCGGUGCGGGGUUGGGUCCGGACUGGCGGGUCUGGGUCUGGACGGGCGGUACUGGAUCCAAAUGGGGGUGCAGUGCUGGAUCUGGACGGGCGGUGCUGGGUCCGAACGGGCGAUGGGUCCCAUGGGCGGUGCUAGGUUCGGUUCGGACUGGCGGUGCUGGGUCUAAAUGGGCGGUGCUGGGUCCGAUGGGCGGUACUGGGUCUGGACGGGCGGUUCUGGGUCUGGACGGGCGGUGCAGUAUCCAAAUGGGCGGUGCUGGGUCCGGACGGGCGGUGCUAGGUUCGGUCCGGACGGGUGGUGCUGGGUCUAAAUGGGCGGUGCUAGGCUCAGCAGGGGACCGGUGGGCGUGGCGGCACAGGUACGGAGCGCAGGGCGGGUGCAGCGCCCUCUCCGAAGGGCCCUGCGCUCCCCGCGCUCGCUGCUCCUCCCGCCCGCGCAUUGCCCCGGGGCUGCUGCGUGUUUCUUCCAGGGUGAUUCCUUUCCGCUGGGUUACUUCAAAGCCGACCUUUUCAAGCUGUUUUCUUCCGCGGAGGACACGUUGUUAGGCUUUGUGUGCAUUUCAAGGGUCAUGUUUUCUGAACCGCGCUCCGCCGCUCUUGGGGUGUUCGAGCCCCCACACUGCUGUGCGGUGUUCCUCUCACAGAGUGAGGUUGGAGGGUCCCACUGCCUUUGUGUGUCUCCUUAGAAAACGCCUCUUCUCUCAGACACAUUGUUAUCUGCCAAUCCUUCGCAGACGUAGAGAACGGACUGCAGAGUUAAUAAACGUCGAGGGGAAGCUUUGAUGCUCCCCAGUUGGCCCUGAGAGAUGCCACGUGAGCGUCAUUUUAAAUCCUGUACGUGUCCCCGUGGACGUGGAAACCUGAAAUUAAUUUCAGUAGCAAGCUUUGUGAAUUGUAGGGAUUUUUUUUCAUUAGGUGUCUUUUUUGUAACUGCCCCUCCCCUCCCCCACCCUUUGUUUUGGCUGCAGAGCGCAUCUGCAGUCUCCCCACGCCGGGUUCAGUCAGGCGAAGUUGCGUUAUCUGUGAUGUGUUGUAACAAAAAGCGUUUAUCUUUGAAACACUAAGGCAAGUAAUGAGAAGAGUGAACUAUAUUUGACAAAGCCUUUUUAUUUUUGUCAUUACUUUUUUUUCCAAUGUGGAAAUAAUUUUUCUCUCCACCAACUGGAUUUCCUCUUUUGCAGACAAUUAGAGAGUUCUGUCAUCCCCACUGGGUUCUGUCUUUUCUACCGCACUUGUCCAGUACAGCUACAUAAGGAGGCUUCUCAGCAGAGGAGCCUGGGGUGUUGAACCAGUGCCAUGAGGGAAUGAAUUAUUCAAUAGAUCGCUAGUCUCCUUUCUUAAAGUGUGGUGACUUGCAGAAAAGCAUCUGUGUCUAAAUGGCAUCUUCGUGUUCUAGCACUCGGUUUCUUUAUGCCUUUCAGUUCCUGGGCUUCCCGAUGGACUCGAGUUUUUACUAUGUGAGCAUCCCCGUGCCUGCACAGCAAGGACUCUCAUUGGGUUCCACACGUGCUGCGCAGAUCCCUGACACAGCGUUCACUGAACCUCAACUGCAGAAGCUUCAUUCCUGAGGAUGCUGUUACCAAGAAUGACUUGCCUCUUGAAGAAUGAGUUUGCAAAGCCUGCAGUUAGAUUGCUGAUGUCCAAAGUAAGUAUGUGUAGCAUCACUAAAGAGAAAAUUCAGGAUUCCUGGAAAACAGUUAUGGGCUCUCUGCAGUGUUAUUUUUGUAAUAAAAAACAUAUAGCAUAUGUGAAAUACCUACUGGGUGAUGCAGGACACAUAGAAGGCUCGAAAUUAAUGUGAAUCAUUCUCGUUUUUCUGACUGUCAUUAAAAGUCCCCAUUUGUAUUA